AUGCAGGCCAUCAAGUGUGUGGUUGUGGGUGAUGGGGCAGUGGGCAAGUCAUGCAUGCUCAUUGCGUACACGACCAAUGCGUUUCCGGGCGAGUACGUGCCGACGGUCUUUGACAACUACUCGGCCAAUGUCAUGGUCGACGGCAAGCCGAUCAGCCUCGGUCUGUGGGACACGGCAGGACAGGAGGACUACGAUCGCCUCCGUCCGCUCUCGUAUCCACAGACAGACGUUUUCAUGCUUUGCUUCUCGGUUGUUUCGCGCGCCUCGUUUCAGAACGUUUCCUCAAAGUGGAUGCCCGAGAUCCUCCACCACUGUCCCAACACCCCGAUCAUUCUGGUCGGAACAAAGGCGGACUUGCGGGCGGGGGACGUUGACGCCGAGCGGCUGGUCUCUCGGGACGAGGCUCAGGCACUUGCCAAUGGUAUCGGUGCUGUGAGCUAUGCAGAGACGUCAGCGCUGGUGGGCACUGGGCUCAAGGCCGCCUUUGACACGGCAAUCAUGGCGGUGAUCAACAGCGCAGGCUCGCGCAGGAAGUCGCGCUUCUCGCUCUUCAAGUCCUCGGGCUCGGGUGCUGGCUCGUCGUCGUCGGCUGUGCCCGACUAUGACUACGAGUACGAGUACGACUCGGACGAUGGGGUCGAAGAUCACAACGCUGGCAUUCCUGCCCCGCCGGCACUGCCCGAGGUAGUUGACCUCCACGCGCCAUGGAUCAACAUCGAGACCGCGACCUUUGGCGCCGAUCUGCACACGCUGUACAACAACUCGCUCCACGCCGACCUCCGGUUUGUGGUCCCGUCUCUCGGCUCUGCACCCGAGACCUCAUUCUUUGCCCACUCGCCGAUCGUACUCGCGGCGUCGACACUGCUGGCCCGGCUCCUCCUCCCUGCGCUCUCGGCGAACGAGGCCGAUGAGGUGGCGCGGAUUGCGCUUCCACGCGGGGUGUCGUGGAUUGCUCGAGUCGACAACGUCCUCUACAGAGUCGAGGCACCUGACGGCUCCGCGUCGUCGAGCUCGGCCGCGCUCCUCGAUCUUGGCGUCGAUGCUCGGCUUACAGAGCUCGAGUACGUCGACGAGGACAUUGACGACGAGCUCCUUUGCUCCAUCUGCACGCUUCCGUUUCUGGAGCCUGUGGCUGUACCCGGCUGCGAGCACAUUUUUUGUGCCACAUGCCUCAAGGACUGGCUCUUCCAGCACGCCAACUGCCCGGCCUGCCGCGGAACUGUUGCCGCCAGCGCCGUCGCGCCGGCCUCGCGCAUCAUCCGCAACCUUGUUGACAAGCUAGAGGCUCAUUGUCCCGAGGAUGGGUGCGAGCACGUGGCGGCCAGGUCGACUCUGGUGGCACAUCUCGAUGCCGAGCACGGGAGCCCCGAGGAGGUCAGCAGCCAGUCGGCCGGUGAGGCGAGCUCGUCGCUGGCAGCGCCGCCCAACAACGAGCUCGGAUGGAGCCUUGUGGUAGUCCUGGACGCGGCCGAGGUGACCGCAGACGGAUUUGGCGCCCUGCUGGAGUUCCUCUACUCGGGCGCUACCGACCUGGGUGCGCGCGGCUCGGAGCGACUCGGUCUGGUCCGGGCUGCUGCCGAGCUGUUUGGCGCUGAGCACCUGUUGACAAGCUGCAACAACGUGGCAGGCUCGCUCGACGAGCUCAACCCGUCGAUCACGACGUACAAGAACGAUCUUGUGGGCGAGCGGCUCAAAGAAUUGUUCCUGGGCCGUCCGCUCCGAGCGGAUGCGUGGCUCGAGGUGGGCAAGGCGCGGGUGCCGGUUCACCGGGCGCUGCUCGCGGCGCGGUGCGCGUGGCUCCACUCGCUGGUCCGCGAGCUGCCGUGCGGUGGAUCGGUAGUGGUGGAGGAUGCCCGGCUCGGUGCAGCCGAUCUUGGUGCGUGUCUCGAGUUUGUCUACACCGCACACUGCGAGAGCGUCUCCGAGUGCACCGUCGAGACCGUGCUCCAUGGCGAGUCGCAUGUGUUCUCGAUUGCGGCAGCGGCGGCGCACUGUAACUUGUUCCGGCUCUUGCAGUUUACUGAGCUGUACGGGUCCAAGAUCCUCGAGCGGGCGACGACAGCGUCUGUCGGCCAGUCGGGCAUCGACGUCGUGGCUCUGUUGCACGCGUCGCAAGCCCAGGGUGCGAGCCAGCUUGCGGCCUUUCUCCUCCACUUUCUGGCAUCGAACGUUGUUCCGCUCGCACCGCACAUCACGCCGGGCGCUCUUGGCCCGGACAACUUGGCGUGGGUCCGGUCCCACCAAUGGCCGCCUGCAGACUACCUCGACGAGCUGGAUGCAUGGGAGGGCCAGGUCGCCGAAGCCAAGGAGACCGGCGCGGUGCCUGACGACUGGCAGUGGCGUCGGCGGGAGCGAGUUCGCAUGCGGAUUGCCAACGAUGGGACGCGGAGGCCGGUACGGAGCGGAAAGAAGAACUGCAUUGUGAUGUAG